AUGGAUGGCGGUAGUUUCCGUGAUUGGUUAGAAGGUAUUUUACCGAGGCUUAAAGAAAAUGCGGUUAUAAUAAUGGACAACGCGCCAUACCACUCGGUAAAGCUUGAAAAAUGCCCGGCUACAAAUUGGAGAAAGGCUGAUAUCGUCGAGUGGCUAAAAAGCAAAGGAGAAGUUGUUGACAAAAGUAUGAUAAAACUGGAACUUUUGAAAAUUGUCAGAAGGAUAAAACUGUUGUACAACAAAUACGUCACCGACGAGAUGGUUUCACAACAAAAUAAAACAGCGUUAAGGUUACCGCCUUACCAUUGCGAGCUCAACCCCAUUGAGUUGGUAUGGUCUGUUGUGAAACGUCACGUGAAGUCUAACAACAAAACCUUUAAAUUUCCCGAUGUGAAAAAUCUUUUGGUUGAAAGAGUUGCCAGAGUGGACGCUGAAAUGUAG